UUCCACUCCCCCUAAAUAAACCCAAAAUAAACAAAGUCUCUGAAUGUAUAACAUCAAUUAAACCAACCUUCUCUCCUUCAUUUCCUCCAAUUAUAGGGUGGAGCAAACCAUAGAGUUCCCCAAAUCCAAACCAGAUAAAUAUAACAUCUCAAAUUUAAUCUUCUAUUCCACUAUUCUCGGAUCACCAACAAAACUUUACCAUUAAAAAAAAAAAACCCUCAUUUUUCGGUUAUUUUCAUUCUCUUUCUGUUAUAACAAACUUUUCCUCAUCUUAUUCAUUUCCGUUACAAGGUACCGUUAUGGUACCGACGGAAGAUAAGGCUUAGCUCUAACAAAACAAUAAAAAAUUCAGAGCUACUUUAUCUUCCGUUUCUUUCAACAAUAACAACAACACUCAGAUAUUUUUUAAUAUUUUAUCUGAGAUAUAUUACAUUAGUCUCUGCAGUUACACGUAGAAGAAAUUAAUUUUCUCUCUGAUUCAAAUUGUUAGUUAUUAUGUCGACUAAGGUUAUUCUUCGACCAGCCGGAUCAUCGAUCCGGCGACAAGCGCUUCUACAAAGCAAAAGUUCUGCCAAAGCAAGCACACAUCUCGGUGAAGCUGUUGGAGGAACCGCCGCAGUGUGUUGCUGUUGUCCAUUUGCUUUGGCAAAUGUUGUUUACUUAACCAUCUACAAAGUUCCGGCUACGAUUUGUCAGAGAGUAUUGAAAAAGAGUAAGCAGCGUCGUCACCGACGUGUUAAAUCGGCAGGAGAUGUGAUGUAUCCGGCGAAACGUCGUUGCACGUGUGGAUGUUGUGAUGAAGUUGGAGUACUUGUUCAUCCGACUUGUAGUGAUGAUGAGAUGGAUUUAGAUGGAGGUGUGAAAAGUGAAAGUGUGGGUGUAGAAGAAGAUAAAGAUGUUAUGGAAUUGGAGAAAGAGAUGUGGGAAACUUUUUAUGGUACUGGAUUUUGGAGAAGUUCUUCUCAAAGAAAUAAAGAUUCUUCUUCAUCUUUUUCAUCUUCUUCAUCUCCAAGGAUGUUGAGUGUUAAUUUUUCUCCUCAGAAUUUUCAGGUUCUUACCGUACCAUUACCAGCCUUGUAAUCAAAUAAAAAAAUGAAGUGAAAUCAGUAUUUCUUUUUGACUAAAGAAAUCAAUAUUUCUAGUGAAAUAUUUGUUAAAUUUGUGUAUGUUUUCUUUUCACAAAUAUAUAACAAUGUUUUUGCAGAGUUAA